GGAAUCCGGAGUGGGAUGAGACAUUUAUGCUAAGAAACUUCACUGAAAGCGACGAUGUCUCCUUCCAAGUCUAUGAUUAUGACUUUGACAAGAAUGAAUGCCUGGGAACCGCGCUUGUGAAAGGCAGUCGCAUUGUGGAGAAUGGCUUGUUCGAGGAAGAGCUCCAAUUAGAAGACACCAACAAUAUGCGCUUCCUCGGCCGUCAUAACCACGCUUCGAAGGGCCUUUUGACCGUGUCCGUUGCGAUCCUCAACACUGAUGGGGUCACGGUGCGACGUGCUGACUCCUUCACCCGCCAGCUGCGUAUGUCCUUUGCGGGACGGAUGCAAGCCGUCAGAGAGGCGAUCCAAGAGCGAGAUGAGAUUGCGCAGCCAAGGAGCUGAAACCUGGAAGAUUCUGGCCCAAUGACCGAGGGCAUGAACUAAAGGGGGCUGGAAAUGCUCGACAUGUUGGAGGUUCGUUUUUGUCCACUCAAAGCUGGACAAACAUACUGGACGUUCUUCGCUGGAUUGCAACUAAGCCAUCCAACUCCAAGGUGAUCUCUCAAUUUGUGUUUGUCAGUAUAUAUGUUUUAACAGCUUUGUUUCACCCAAUGGCCCACAAGACGUGGGUGGGAUAGCCCAGUUUCGUGAACAGACCAGCUAGCAGCUCAAGAUGGUGGAUGUGGCCCAGGUGUCAGGUGAUUGAUGUCGUUUUUUCCAGAAUGUGGUGGCUUCGUGGCACCAGCUUUGUUUGGUGCAUCCCGUUGAUGUGACUUUUGGCGCUUGGUUUCUUGGAAUUGACCAGACAACAGAUUGAGG